CCCCGGGUUUACUAUCUUUCCAGCAAGCAGUUGCUGCUACGGUACCUCUCUCGCCCUGGCAGAAGAAAGCAUUGUUGGAGCACACGUAAACUGAAAUAAUCAUGAUCACUGCUAGGAUUGCAAGAUUGGUUGCUCGAAACUCUCCUCGUAGUUUUAUCAAGAAUUACCAGGGUGUUGGAGCUGCUGCUGGUCUAGUUGCUUCACGUUAUAUUCGCACAUCAGCUGCUUCUCCAGCCACAGCAGAAGUAUCAGCAAUUUUAGAAGAACGUAUUUUGAAAACAUCAACUAGUGUAGAGCUUGAAGAAGCUGGUAGAGUUCUUUCAGUUGGGGAUGGAAUUGCUCGAGUUUAUGGCUUAAAAAAUGUUCAGGCGGAAGAAAUGGUGGAAUUCUCUAGUGGAUUAAAGGGCAUGGCUCUGAAUCUAGAACCAGAUAAUGUUGGUGUUGUCGUGUUUGGUAACGAUAAACUUAUUAAAGAAGGCGAUGUUGUCAAACGAACAGGAGCUAUUGUUGAUGUGCCUGUUGGAGAAGAUCUGUUAGGACGAGUAGUUGAUGCAUUAGGAAAUCCUAUUGAUGGAAAAGGCCCAAUCAAUGCUAAACGUGCUCGUGUUGGCGUCAAAGCUCCAGGCAUUAUUCCCCGAACAUCUGUAAAAGAGCCUAUGUUGACAGGAAUCAAAGCUGUAGACAGUCUUGUGCCAAUUGGACGUGGACAGCGUGAAUUGAUCAUUGGCGAUCGACAAACUGGAAAAACUGCUGUAGCCAUUGAUGCUAUCAUCAACCAAAAGAGAUUUAAUGAGGGUUCAGACGAAAAGAAGAAGCUGUAUUGUAUAUACGUGGCUAUUGGACAGAAAAGAAGUACAGUGGCUCAAUUAGUGAAACGACUUGCAGAUGCUGAUGCAUUGAAAUAUACUAUUAUUGUCAGUGCUACUGCUUCAGAUGCUGCUCCUUUACAAUACCUCGCACCAUAUUCUGGCUGUGCCAUGGGCGAAUAUUUCAGAGAUAAUGGAAAACAUGCUCUUAUCAUCUAUGACGAUUUAUCGAAACAAGCCGUUGCGUACCGUCAAAUGUCUUUGUUGUUGCGACGUCCGCCAGGUCGUGAAGCCUACCCAGGUGAUGUGUUCUACCUCCAUUCCCGUUUACUUGAACGUGCUGCUAAGAUGAGUGAUGCCUUUGGUGGUGGUUCGCUCACUGCUUUGCCUGUUAUCGAAACACAAGCUGGUGACGUGUCUGCAUAUAUUCCAACAAAUGUCAUCUCCAUCACUGACGGACAAAUUUUCUUAGAGAGUGAGUUGUUUUACAAAGGAAUCCGUCCAGCUAUUAACGUCGGUCUUUCUGUCAGUCGUGUCGGAUCUGCUGCUCAAACUAAAGCCAUGAAACAGGUUGCCGGCUCCAUGAAGUUAGAACUUGCCCAAUAUCGAGAAGUUGCGGCCUUUGCUCAAUUCGGAUCUGAUUUAGAUGCUGCCACACAAGCUUUGUUGAAUCGUGGUGUACGAUUGACUGAAUUGUUAAAACAAGGGCAAUAUGUUCCUAUGGAUAUUGCUGAACAAGUAGCUACCAUUUAUGCUGGUGUCCGUGGUCAUCUCGAUAAACUCGAACCAUCGAGAGUUACAGCUUUCGAAAAAGCCUUCACGAAACACAUUACGACGGCUCACAAAGAUUUAUUAGACACUAUCAGAACAGAGGGAGAAAUUUCUGAAAGUACGGAUGCAAAGUUAAAAGAACUAGUAAUCUCUUUCGUGCAAGCUUUUGAAUGAAGUGGAUGUGUGCGUACGUAUGAAAAUAGUGGAAAUAGUUUUUUUCCUUCAAAUUAAAUUUCACCUUAAAGAAAAAUGUUAACUUUUUAAA